UCUGAGACAGGUGUUGCCCUCUGGGCUUUCAUCUCUUUGAGAAGAGAGAGAUAAUUGAAGCGAUCACAUCCAUGGCGGAAGAGAAGCCAGAGCUUCAGGCUGAUUAACGAGGCCGGUUAGCACCUUUUCACCGAUUAAGUUCCCUCGAUCUCUCGAGCUACGAUCGGUCUGAUUUGAUCCGUCAUUGUUGAAACCAUGGGUAAUUGUUGCAGAUCAGCGGGAUCGUUAGCCAAGAACGAUAACAAUAAGCCUACAAAAGGAAGGAAGAAGCAAAACCCUUUCUCCAUCGACUACGGUCUCCACCACGGCAAUAACGGAGGAGGAAAGAUAAAAUCUCUCAAGCUUAUCGUGCUAACGGAUCCAACAGGACGCAAGAUCUCGCAGAAAUACAAGCUGUAGAUAUAGAGGAUGUUAGGAGAGAAGUCGAGAUCAUGAGGCAUAUGCCUGAGCAUCCCAACGUUGUUACUUUGAAGGAGACUUAUGAGGAUGAGCAUGCUGUGCAUUUGGUUAUGGAGCUUUGUGAAGGUGUUGAGUUGUUUGAUAGGAUUGUGGCGAGAGGGCAUUACACUGAGAGAGCUGCUGCUGUUGUCACUAAGACCAUCAUGGCAGUUGUUCAGAUGAUUGAUAAACAGCUUGAAGUGAAGAAGGAAGUAGUAGUUGAUGUGAAGCAAUAUUCAGGUGUUGAGCUAAUUAUCAAGUCUGGUUUUGGUUCUACCCUGCCUUCAAAAGAUGAUUUGAUUAGAACAUAUGAAAAAUUUGGACCUGUUUUCGAUUGUUCUUAAUGCUAUGCUACACUAGGAUUAGUCCACUUAAUCUCUAUGCUGCAGUCAGAAAAUGGAAAUUGUGGGUUCAUGCCAUGUAUAUACAGAGUUUGGGUGAUGUUCGCAUUUGAUGAUUCUGAUUUGAUUUG